UAUUGGUCCUUUGAAUUGGUUGCGCUUGCCGCUGGAUACCUUGGAAGUAUUACCUUAGCAAGUCACAGUAUCGUGUUGACUAGUGCUUUGUUGCUGUAUCAAGCGCCGUAUGGUAUCGCAGUUGCCACUUCAAAUAGAGUUGGAAAUUUAUUGGGUGCAGGUUUGGCUUCGAAAGCUCGAGUCACGGCAAGGAUGGCUAUGUAUUUAGCUGUAUUGGUCGCUUUGAUUAACUCCACGGUAUUACUGAUAUUCAAAGACUCAUGGGGAUAUUUGUUUACUUCAGAUGAAGUCGUAGUAGAAAUGGUUGCAGGUCUUUUGCCACUAUGUGCUGCCUUUCAAAUGUCUGAAGAAUUGAAUGCCAUCGGAGUGGGAAUAUUAUGCGGACAGGGUAGACAGCGAAUUGGCGCGAUAUUCACAAUGUCCGGCUAUUACCUAAUCGCCUUGGUAUUAGGCUUAGUUUUGGAAUUUAAAUAUGGCUGGGGAAUUAAAGGCCUUUGGGCAGCUUUGACGUGUGCCUCGAUUGUGAUUGCUAUCGCUGUUAUUUGGGCAAUUUUGGUUACUGAUUGGCAGUGGGAGGUUGAACGGUGUAGGAGACGGAUGAAAAUUGCGGAUCACAACGAAAUUAGGGAUGCUGUGUAA